CUGGAAGCUCAUAGUCAGCGGAGGUGGUGGCCGGAGGUGGUGGCAGGGCGUCCCAGCUGUUUGCAGCUUCUCUAUAUUGGGACUCUGAUGAUCUCCCCAGAGAGUACAGCCCUCUCCUUACUUCAGAAGUAUCCCCCUGAGCAAUUAAACAUCUGGCCCACUGUCAACUCUGCGUUGGUGAAAAACAACCCAAAGUCAGUAGGUAUAAUUCUAAUGAAAACACAAUAGCUAGCUUGUUGAACACGCUGAUUUUCAUCAAGUUACAGGCUGGAUUCCAAUUCAUGAUAUCAAGACUUGAUCUGCACGCUUUUAGCUGAGGAAAAAUACAAUGUUUGUAAAAAAUAAAUACAAAUAAUUAUAAUAUGUAGAUCAUUUAUAUGAGCUCUCUGCCUAGGCUGCCACUAGGCACCAUGGAAACUAUAGAACUAGGAUGAGAUGACAGAAGCCUCCACGACAACACAGGAGUCUGCCACAACCGCUUCAGAGGCAGUCACUGGUUCAGUUUUUGUGUCAGUCUGUGUCCAUCUGAUCUCCGGUUGUACAGGUUGUUGAGGUCUGGCUAGUCUGACCAGACUCCAAAGCCUGCGGAACAAGUGUCCAAUCCUCGUGUGUAGGAACCCCCCCAGAUGUUUUGCAGAGAAGACGCUGUUCUUGUAGAUCACGCUAUUCCAUUUCCCUGGCUCCCCACACACACACUGCACAACACACAGACACAUGCUCGCACUUGUGUAUGCACAUGUUCCUCAUUGACGACACCCAUGAUGGAUGUAAUUAGAUCAGUAUAAUUGAAUCUGUCUGUCUUUCACAGUCACACCGCUGGACGUUGUGAAGAUACGGCUGCAGGCCCAGCAAACACCAUUCUAUCAAGCUUUAGCUGCUGACUCCGCUUCAUGGAGUGGUGUAAUCCGCCCCUCCAAAUGGAAGUGCUUCCUGUAUUGUAAUGGCCUGAUGGAUCACAUCUAUGUGUGUCAGAAUGGGGCCAGCUGCGCCAGCUGGUACAAAACACCAACCCACUUCAGUGGCACCCUGGAUGCUUUUGUGAAGAUCACGCGCCACGAGGGGGUCAGGUCUCUGUGGAGCGGGCUGCCUCCCACACUGGUGAUGGCGGUGCCUGCCACGGUCAUCUACUUCACCUGCUAUGACCAGCUCAGAGACUUACUGUGCUACGGCAUGGGGUUCCAGGGCAACUACAUCCCCCUCGUGGCAGGGGGUCUCGCUAGACUGGGAGCAGUGAGUGUGAUCAGCCCGUUGGAGCUGGUGCGCACCAAGAUGCAGUCCCGGAAGCUGACCUACAGCGAGCUGAGGGUGUGUAUCCGCUCUAGUGUUGCCCAGGACGGCUGGCUGUCCCUGUGGAGGGGCUGGGGACCCACCGUCCUACGAGACGUCCCCUUCUCAGCCCUGUACUGGUUCAACUAUGAGCUGGUGAAGGCCCAGCUGUGUGAUCAGUACGAUGUGUCUCAGGCCACCUUCUCCAUCAGCUUCACAGCAGGGGCCAUCUCUGGAGCUGUGGCUGCCAUCAUGACCCUGCCUUUUGACGUAGUGAAGACUCGGAGACAGAUCCAACUGGGAGAGAUGGAGACACUGGGAGUUCCUGUGAAGAACCCCACAUCCACAUUGCAUAUCAUGAGGGGAAUUUGGGCUGAAUCGGGCUACAGGGGGCUCUUUGCAGGCUUCCUACCCAGGGUGAUCAAAGUGGCCCCAGCCUGUGCUGUCAUGAUCAGCACCUAUGAGUUUGGGAAGACCUUCUUCCAGAAGAUGAACCUUGACCGGGAGCAACAGGCCUGCUGAGGGGCUGUGUGUGUGGAGAAGCAGGGUUGGCUGCCUUCCUCUGGAGCAGAAUGGGAAGAGACUAUUAGCAGCUGCCCAUGCACGCUGUGCAAGACUGCUCCUAGUCAAGACUUUGCACCUAGACACCUGAGCUUCAAAUCACCAUGGAGGAGUCUGUCUGUCUCUCAAUUCAGACAAAGGCGAAGACAUGAGGAAUGGACUUUUUUUGUCUGUUUUCUAGCCCUUUCUAUUGGCCCACAGGGAGGCUGCUCCUACAACUGUGAACACUGUCAUACGUGUAUCCGUGAAUGUAUCCAUUAGUUAAACUCAGAACUGUGGGGGAACGGCCCUGUGACUAAGGCUUAUUCAGACUUUGGCAUGCUUUCCUUGCACACUAAAGGAGUUGUUCAUCUUUGCUAGUACAGCCCCCUGCUGUUCAUACCUGGGAGAACACUUCUAACAACAACCCUAAAAAAACUGCAUGCAAAGUAAUCCAUUCAAUCAAUACCUUCCCUUCACCUACUAGCCCAGACCAAAUGCAUGGUUGAGCUGGGAUCAGUGGAUACUUGUCUAUUCUUAGUGUAGCAUUCUCUCAUAUUGAUUUGUCAUCUGCCCAAUGGUAGCCUACUAUCCAAUGUCCAUUUUUUUGUGAUGGGAAUAAAUACAAUACAUAUGUAGGUGGGUUACCAUGGAUCAUUCCCAGAGGAUGAGAACUGGGUAAAGUGCCACUUUUUUGAUGGGUUAAUUUGGUAGAUGUUAUUCAAUCAAAUGAAAUACUUAAGACAAAACAGCUGACAAAUUCUCAUAACUAUGCUGUCUAUAAGGGGGUGACAUUACUUUUUUAUUUUUACUUGAUUUAAUAUAUGCAGCGUUUCUGUUGAUGCAUUUCAGAACUGGGCUGAGUCUAUAUAGUUUUAUGUAGAAUGUUAAUUUUUUUCAGCAUUUCAGAAUGAUCUGGAAAUCUACUAGCUAGGUUACUGGACAGAAGUGAGUUGUUGCCUUGAUCUUUAAUUUGUGUGUUAUAUUAUUUCUCGUGUACCUUACAUGGAUGUAUAGAAUGUUUUAUAUGCUGUGACUGGUUUU